AUGACGACGGUUGCGCUUCAACAAAGUAGCGGUGCUUAUUACCCUGCGCGAGAGGAGUCGAAUCCAGCUGGAGCCCCAAGCUCCUCAACACGAUCCACAAUGCAACAGCAGCAACGGAGAACUUCGGCGUCGGGCUCCUUUGCAACCUCACGAGUCGCACGCGACGGACAAGCGAUAGCUGCCACCAUGGCGAACGGCAACUCGGCCGCCAUGCCGUCCCACCACCACCAUGCGUCACCAAACGGUGUACAACAACCGCGCGGAAGCGCCCUAGUCAAUGGCAGCGACAGCUAUUAUGCCAACGGCACCAUCGUCGGUGAUGAUGCCGCCGAGAGGAGACCUUUCACAGCUCCCGGCAAUAGACACCAGCUUACCAUCCGCACCUCCUCCUUUGACGAGUCAGAUCGCGACCAACCAACAAGACGACCGAAACCCCCGUUGCUGCGGUCAAAAAGCGAGCACAUGAUGCGCAACUAUGACGACUCUGACCAGACCGAUGAAGAACUGCACGACUGGAGUGCCCGGCAUGGAUUCGAAGACCACUAUCAGUCGGAAGACAUUAUCUCGCACUUGGCCAACAACUGGUAUAUGUACUACACGGACAAACGCCAUGAGACAACCGGACAUCCCAAGAGCCCCGCAUACGAGAUCGAGGACUGGCGGAUGAGAGAUCGACUAAAGACUGUUUCUGCUGCCCUGGCUGUGUGUCUUAAUAUUGGCGUCGAACCACCGGAUCAGCUCAAGACCAACCCGGGCGCCAAGCUUGAAGCCUGGCAAGAUCCCUUUGCCACAAAGGCUCUUGAAAACAUUGGCAAGUCAUUGCAAGCCCAGUACGAGAACAUCUCCCUUCGCACAAGGUAUAAACAAUAUUUGGACCCGUCGGUCGAGGAGACCAAGAAGUUUUGCAUUUCGCUACGUAGAAACGCUAAGGACGAGCGCGUAUUGUUGCACUACAAUGGCCAUGGUGUUCCAAAACCCACAGCAUCCGGUGAAAUUUGGGUAUUCAACAAGAACUACACACAGUACAUUCCCAUUUCACUCUACGACUUGCAGCACUGGCUGCAAGCACCCACCAUCUUUGUGUGGGACUGCUCGGAGGCUGGCAACAUCAUCAACAACUACCACCGAUUUGUGGACAAGCAUGAAGAUGAAGAGGAGGCACAAGCUCAGGCGGAUCCAAAUUAUGAAAAGACCAAGUAUCGAUCAUACCUACACCUUGCUGCUUGCGCGGUCAAGGAGAAUCUGCCGACAAAUCCGAAUCUCCCUGCAGACUUGUUCACUGCAUGCUUGACAACUCCGAUAGAGAUGGCUCUAUGGUUCUUCGUCCUUCAGAACCCACUAAAGACCAAGCUUACCCCCGAGAGAGCAAAGAAACUUCCCGGCCGUCUUCAAGAGCGCCGAACACCACUCGGUGAACUCAACUGGAUUUUCACUGCCAUUACUGAUACAAUCGCGUGGACUUCUCUGCCAAGACAAUUAUUCCGAAAGUUUUUCAGGCAGGACCUCAUGGUCGCGGCUCUGUUCCGCAACUUCAUACUGGCCCAACGGAUCAUGACCGUCUAUGGCUGUCAUCCACAGUCGUACCCAGCCCUGCCCGAUACACAUCAACACCCUCUCUGGGGAAGCUGGGACCUCGCUGUUGACCUAGCGUUGGCACAGCUCCCCAUGUUGGAAAAGAAGGAGAGCGAAGGGCUUGAGUAUGAAUAUCAGAGCUCUACCUUCUUCACCGAGCAAUUGACCGCAUUCGAAGUCUAUCUUGCCAGAGGCGACGCUAAUCUCCAAAAGCCGCCCGAGCAAUUGCCUGUAGUACUUCAGGUCCUACUCAGCCAACAACAUCGGGUUAGAGCUCUAAUCUUGCUUGGUAGAUUCUUGGAUCUGGGUCCCUGGGCUGUACAGCUGGCAUUGAGCAUAGGAAUCUUCCCCUAUGUAUUGAAGCUCCUGCAAUCUGCUGCCGCUGAACUGAAACCCGUCAUGGUCUUCAUUUGGACUCGAGUGCUUGCUGUUGAUAUAUCUUGCCAACCUGAUCUGGUCAAGGACAGCGGUUACAAUUACUUUGCUCAGAUCCUCAAGCCAAACGAGCAAUUGCCAGUCGCCAACAGUGACGAGCACAAAGCCAUGUGCGCAUUUGUUCUGGCCAUGUUGUGCAGAGGUUACAAGUCUGGUCAAGUCGUUUGUAACCAGUCAGACAUCAUGUCGUCCUGCCUGGUGCACCUGAGGAAUGAAGACAAUAUUCUACUACGCCAGUGGGCAUGCUUAUGCAUCAGUCAACUCUGGCAAGAUUUACCCGAUGCCAAAUGGAGAGGAAUUAGGGAAAACGCACCACUGAAACUGGCUGCUCUCGCCAAGGACUCUUGUUGCGAGGUUCGCGCAGCGGUAGUCCAUGCUUUGACGACCUUCCUCGGGAUUCCGGAUCUGACCGAUGAAGUUGCUCGCAUUGAGGAGUCGAUAGCCUGGACACUUCUCGACAUGGCCAACGAUGGUAGCCCGCUUGUCCGCAAAGAGCUCCUCGUCUUCCUCUCGCAAUUUGUCCUCCGUUAUGAAAGCAAGUUCCUCGUCACCGCCUACGAACAGCUCGCGGAAGAAAAGGAGUAUCUCCUUUAUCCUCCGCAGGAUGACGGAUCUGAGCAGAAGAUGGGCCUGCACUAUGUCAGACCCGAGCAUCGCAAUGCUGACGGCUCGGUCAAGGUCACAUCUCAGGGUCUCUCUCACAAUACGGUCUUUGCUGCCUGCUGGAAACAUGUCCUGAUUCUGACAGUUGAUCCUCAUCCCGAAGUUCAAAACGAUGCCACAAUCAUUGUCGAUUACGUCCACAAUGCCCUUUUGACCUCUUCAACCGGCAUCUACGCUCAAAGCUUGAUGGAGGAAAUCACGAAACGUAUGGCAAAGGUGAGGGGCCAUAGAAAGCAACCAUCAUCGGUGUCCCGGAAUAGCAUGGGCCCAACCACGACCACUUCAAUGCAUUCAGAACCCUCUCCUGGUCUGCUCAAACGGACAGCAAGUCUCCUUUUCCGUGUUCCCAGCACGAUAUGGGGAGCCGAAACGAGCCCAAACGCGCCUUUGCCCUCCCCCGGGGUCGUACGCGGCGGUUCUCAAAGGAUCAAAUCUGCGGCGGACUGGAUUGCUCCACCUGAACAGAAUGACUUGAUCGCAGCUCCGUCACACUACCACGUCGCCGAAGAGCCGGUAUCAGGUGGUUUCAAAGAACGCCAACUAGACGAAAUACCAAAGCUCCCCUUGGCAAGCACCUUUCUGGACUGGUCCGUGGAGUAUUUCAGGGAGCCGCAGAUGAAGCCAACCGAGUCGGAAGAACCGGGCAGUACCGAGUACAAUGAGCGACUUUGGAGGAGAUCGCGCAAUGAAAAUAUCUUGCGCGAGACACAACCACAAAAGCACUUUGCCGGCACCCAUCGUUGGACAAACCAAUUAUGCAUCAUGAAUAAUGGUGCUCAGCCUGCCAAACUGACUUUCCACCAGUUUGAAGAUCAUCUUGCUGUGGCAGACGACGGAAAUACUGUCAACAUUUGGGACUGGAAGAAGCAACAUCGGAUAGGCCAUUUCUCGAAUGGUAACCCCGAAGGCUCCAAGAUCUGCGACAUGAAAUUCAUCAAUGAGGAUGAUACGGCCUUGUUGAUGACUGGCUCUUCUGAUGGUGUGCUCCGAGUGUAUCGCAACUAUGAUAACGAGAGGUUGCCAGAACUUGCUAGUGCCUGGAGAGCACUCACUCACAUGGUUCCGAGUAAUGUCAACUCAGGCAUGGUUUUCGAUUGGCAACAAGUGACAGGUCGAGUCUUGGUUGCCGGUGACGUUAGAGUAAUCCGAGUUUGGGCUGCAGCGCAUGAGACUUGCAUUAUGGAUAUUCCAGCCAGGUCUGGUUCCUGCGUCACAUCACUCACCUCGGACCAAAUGACUGGCAACAUUUUCGUGGCUGGAUUCGGCGAUGGUGCUGUCAGAGUCUUUGAUACAAGACUACGGCCGCAAGAGAGUAUGGUGAAGAAAUGGAAGGAUGACACGGACCGCCAAUGGAUCAAGAGCGUUCACAUGCAGAGAGGUGGUCAACGUGAGCUGGUUUCUGCGAGUCGAAAUGGCAAAGUCAAGCUCUGGGACAUUCGUCUGGAAAACCCUCUAAAGGUUUUCCAGGCCACUCGUGAUACUGUACGGACUGCUAGCACCCACGAACAUUUGCCGGUAUUUUCUGUUGGUACUUCUGCACAUACUGUCAAGGUAUUCAACUUUGAUGGACGUGAAUUAUCACGAAUGGAGCCGUACACAAGCUUCUUACAACAAAAUCGCGGUUCUCCAAUCUCAACGACGGCAUUCCACCCCCAUCGCAUGAUCCUGGGCUGUGCUGCUCGUGGCGACCAUCACAUCAAUCUCUUUACCUGCUCGGAAGAAAAGCCAGGCGACUACUUCCGCACUCUUUGA